CUGUUAGAUUCCCAAAAGACAAACGGUCCUACUAAAGGCAGAACGCAAGCUGGAAAAAAAGUAUUGUUUUCGGGAAAACAUGGAUAAUUGCAGCUAAAACGCGACUUGCAAAUUCGGUUAAAACAUUUUUAGAGCCACCAAGAAUCCGACAAUUCGGUGAAACCCAGAGACAAAUGAAAAUUGACGCGUGUUAAAUGCAAACAAGAAAAUUCCUACACAGACCUUGAGUGGCUCACACACUCCCACACCUCACCUGCGUCACACAUACACACACGCACACCGAUAAAGAGCAAAAGGGAGAGAAGAUCGAAACGUUCCCUAUUUUUUUGUUGGUUUUUUUUUUUAUAAACAGGAAGUGGAUUUUAGGGGAUAGGGGAUCCUUUUUGCAGCUGGCAAUAUGGUGAACGUACCCCCGCUGCUCUGCAGCACCCCGCCUCCCAUUGAUUUCGGGGAUGACGACGAUUCCGGUUUGCAAUCCACAAUCCACUUGGACGAAAAUGACGAAUACUCUAAUUUUGGCUUAGUCAGCAGCUCGAAAGAACCCCCUCCACCACCAGAUCCCGUUGAGGAAUUUCGAGAAAAGCCACCGGAUUUGCUGGAAAAUAAACAAACUGCAGAGGCAUUCAAUUACCAAGUUAAGCAGGCGAUGGAUUAUGAUGUUUAUCGAGAAGCGGCACCACCCACUCCGCCCCCUUUAGGUUUGGAGCUCGAGGAGGAGGAACUGGAGGAGCAGGUGCCCUCCUUAAAGCUGGACAGCCUAAGUCUCUACUCCACGGAAAGCGUUUCCGCCGCCUCCACACUCUCACCCACUGCGGAAACGGAGGCAGUGGCUCCGCCCGUGUUGCAAACAACCAAAGCCCCUGUCCUCAGCCACCAAGUCACGCUGGAGGAUGUGUCCGAUGACAGCGACGAGGAGUGCUCGCCAAAGAAGCCCAAAGAACUAUUUAUACACGAGGGUGCCGUGGAUUUCUUUGCCAUCGAGGUGCUGGCCACACCAACGCAACCAAAUGAGGGGCUCCAACAAAGUCCAGGAAAAGAAAAGGCUCUAGAGGAUACUCCCCAACAUGAAGAAAGCUUUAGAGGUUCGGCUCACCAAGUGGAAUGUUCAAAUAACUUAGCGAAACCACUGGAAAACCAGAAACAUAGCUUAGCAGUCCUUCAGAAUCCAGAAGAAACCCCCAACCAUUGCGGCAAAACAGCGAAUAGUGAUACAUUUCAGUUUGGAAACUUUGAAGCGCCACCAAAAGACUCAGUACCCAAAGAAAUUAUCCCAGAAUGUCAGGAUAACGAAGAAGAUGAAGAUGACUUUGGGGACUUCGGGGAUUUCUCAGCUACAGAACCAGAAAAAGAAAUCAAGGAAACACCAACGACAGCUCUUCCUGUUAAGUCUGUCUUUGAGGCACCGUCUCUGGAUUUGCAUUCCUCAGUAGGUACGGAAACUCUGGAGGUAUCUUCAAAGCCGCCUCAUCCAGAAGGAGCAGAUGAUGGCUUCGAUGACUUUCAAGAGUUUGCCACACCCACGCAAGGAAGUCCUGGGCAAAGCGAAGACGAUGACGAUGAUUUCGGUGACUUCUCAGAGCCCGUAGUCGGUUCCAUUUCAGUACCUCCACCACCGCCGCCAGCCGCUGUCCACCUCAGCAUCGAUGAACGUGUGAAACCAGUAUUGGAGAUGAUGUUCCCACAAUCAAAGGAGCUUCAAAGCACGAGUGUGGUUGUACGAAAACCCUUGGCGCAGUGCCAGCGAUUCAACUUCGGUGCCAUUGAGCAUGCGCAGGCUUUGGAGUACCAGUGGAGCAGCUCCGAGAUGAGGCAUGCCCUCGUUCGAUCGCUUGGCAUCGAUUCCAGGAAUAUACUCUUCGGCGACAAGUGGAACUCAUCGAUGCCGCGUUUUGCCGCCAACCUGAGCUUCGAUCCACUGAAGCCGAUGAAACCGCUCUCGACCGGCGCUACUAGCACCUUGGAGCCGAUCUCCAAUCCCAGCAGCUACCAGGGACUGGAAAACUCAACCGCAGCACCGGCGAGCCAAACUGAAACGCGGACUAGCCCGCCUCAUGGGGAAGGGUCCUCCAGCUCCGGCUCCGGUUCCGCCAGCAACUCCGACGGUGAGGAGCGACAGAACCAUAUCUACAAAUCAUCUCCAAUCUCCGGCUCCGAGUCGAACCAUCUUGAGCCCGCAACAGCGCCACCAGCAGCAAUUGUUGCUCCAACAGCAGCGACGAUAUCGACUGCUCUACCAGCAGACAGCUCUGCCCACCAGCUCAACGGCGGUGAGCAGCUGCAUCAGCAGCGGUCGGAGCAAGAGCAGUUUGAUUUGAGGGCCACGCCGCCUGCUCAGGAGGAGAUGGUGGGCAGCUCGAUAGCCAGCUAUGCGGUGCCGCUGAAGGAGACCCACAUAUACACACCCUCCAAAUCGGAUACGGCAGUGGCCAAGACCACUACAUUGGCACCCAUUGAUUUCGACUACGAGAUGGCGGCCACGGGCAUUAUUAUCGAUGAGACGGUGGUCAAGAAGGAGUAUCGUGAUGUGGAGUACAAGCCACCAUUUGGUCUGGACUCGCCCAGCAAAGUGAGUGGCAACGGAGCUGCCAGCAACUUUGAACUGCCGCCCCAGGCGGAAGAGGAUGACUUCAGUGACUUUCAAUCGAUGCCGGCGCCCAGAUCGCGGAUCGAUACACCCACGUUUGGCGAGCAGAUGAUCCUCAGUCCGGCCAUAUUGCUGCCCCAAGCCAUACCGCUGGCCAAGAAGCAAGCGGCGUCUAUCGAGUGGGGAGACAACGCUAUGUCCAGCAUUAAUGCCGAGGAAAUGGCCAGGAUAGAGGAGUUGUUUUCUUCGCAAGCCAAACCCCUUACGAUAAGCGCUUCAGUGGCCAAGAAACCAACUCCUCCGAAGAUAGUUCAAUCUCAGCCUCAAGAGGAUGAUGAAUGGUCGGAUUUUGUCUCUGUUCCAGUUAAUCAACAGCAUCAGCAGGCACAGCAACAACACUCAAUCGCUAACAACAAUAAUAACAUAAACAGCAACCUGAGAAAGCCACCUGCAGCUCCCAAGGAAGAUGAGUGGUCGGAUUUUGUGAGCAGUACUCCGCUGCCCUCUCGUCCGGCUCCACAAUUUAAUUCCGGUGCCUGGCAGAGCGCUAAUUUCUACAACAAUCCGUUGAGUUUGUACCAAGCACAGCAGCAACAGCAACAUCCCCACAGCAACCUGGUGCCCAGCAGCAGCAGCAGCAACAGCAGCAACAACAACAAUGUGCCAGCCAUUCCACAGCAAAUACACAUCAUGCACGACUUUUCGACGGCGCCCGUUUCUGGAGGUUUGGGUGUCGGUGCCACCACCUAUCAGCAGCAUCAUCAGCGGCAGCAGUUCCAGAUCGGCAACGCCAAGGUGGCCCCACGCAUCUCCCUCAUUCCCGAUCUCAGCUUUGUGGCUCCCGCUUUGCCCACAAAUGCUGGUGCUUUCAUGGGUGCGCUUCCGAAACCGAGUUUUGGUGCCAAGAAAUGACACAAGAACCUGAGGGUGGGCGGUGGGCGGCUGCAACAGCAGCAGCAGCGGCAGCAGCAUGUGGGCAGGCCACGCCCACUGGGAGGCGGCGAGGCCACCAUCCUCACGUAGGCAAAAGGGGGGCGUGCCCGUGGGCGAGCGAGUCAGUAUUAUGAAUCCGUCUGAUAUUUACCAUAAACCGAACCGUCACACACUUAGUUUGAUGCAAACUGUGUUCCAUGUUGUUGUCGUUGUUGUUGACGUUGUCGUUGGAAUAAUUGUUGUUAUUGUUGUGCGUGCAUGUUGUUGUGUUAGUCGUAGAUUCGGAUUUAGAAAAACAAAAUGGGCAACAAAAACUAAACGCUGUUGUGCAAUAUUUCGAUUUUAAAUUUAUGUUGUACUUAAUUUUGACACAAAAAAAAAAACAAUUCCGAAAUUAUUUUUAUGUAGUUAAAAGCAUAUUUUGUUAAACGAGAAAAUUUUAAAUGGGUUUUGAAUUUUUAUAAAAUAUUGCGGAAUGUAAAUUGUAGAAACAUAUGUUAUUUCAUAUCAGGAAAUACAAUUUAUUCAUACAAAAAUCAAAUUGAAAUCACAAGAUUUGUUUAUUACUUAAACUUUUUUAAUUUAACCCAGUGAAUUUCAAAAGCUGUUUGGAGUGUUUCUGAAAACUUGAGAGAUUUUAAAUUUUAAGCUUAUAAGCAUUCGAUGCUACACUUCGGGUCAUAUCAAUAUACCAUCUUAAGAUUUACGUUAGAUGACCAAAACAAAAGAUUAGAAAAUUAAUAAGAUAGUUUUCAGAAAUAUCCCAAACUAUUUCUGAACUAAAUGAUCCAAAUCCGCUCUAUUUUAUAAAAAUGAAAAACUUGUAAAGUUCCAUGAUGAUUUUAGCUUUAACGAUCCCAAAAUCCGCACCCUACAUUAGCUAGCAAAGUCAGAAUACUCCACCAAUCUGAGGACUGAACGCUAGAAAGCAUUCCACAGACUAACUUUUUGUAACUCCCCCAAAAAAUACUCCAAAGCGAAUGCGGGCCACCACAUUGAAGAAAACCCAACCCGCCUGUUGCGAAUUUUUCUAUAUUGUGUACUUAAACCAACAAGAAAAGCGAACUAACCAAGCAAACAUAGUUAACGUUGUAAAUGUAAUAGGAUUUGUUAGUUGAUAGAAGAACUCCCGUGCAUUCCAAGUGUAAAUGAGUGUGUCUGUUUGCCAUGAUGAUCUCCAGAAAAUCGCUGGAAAACGAAACCCAAUCCGCUCCAGUUCUUGAUUAUUGUUUUUUCGUGUUAAUGUGUUUUCAUUUAUUUAUUUUACUUUAUGUUACGCACUUUAAGUUGAAUGUGUCUGUGUGUUGCGUGUGUGUCUGAAAAUUAUAAACAAUUUAUCAACUAAAACUAAGCGUUUGAUGUAAUCAUAUGUUUUUAGACUUAAAUGUAAAUUACAAAUAGAUUUCCAUUUGUUUUGUUUUAUUUUGCCAAGUCAAUGAAAAAGGUAAAAACAAGAACAUGAUUAUAGAUGGUUGCUGCUUGAUUUAAAUAAAUGAAUUAACUAUGUACUAGAACAUAUUAAAAUAUAUUUACCAUAUUGUAUAAUUAAAAUAUAUGCGCAGAUUAAAAUAAACCUAUUUAAAAAACGAAA